AUGACCGCCGCGCCACAGGUUUACGGAGCAGACGAGAUCAACGCCAUUGUGAUCGACCCGGGGUCGUACCAGACGAAGAUUGGCUAUGCAGGCUACGACUCGCCCAGCAUGGUGCUUCCGUCGUAUUAUGGCCUGGUCGACGCAGACGGCAACAAGAGACGCAUUUUCGACGAGACUCUGCUGCUUUUACCGCAGAAAGGCCUGGAAAUCAAGCACAUAGUCGAGAACAACGCCGUGGUGGACUGGGAAGGCUUUGAGGCCCAAUUGGAGUACAUGUUCAAGAAACUAGACAUUGAUCCUACACAGCAGCCCGUGCUGCUGACCGAGUCCACCAUGAGCUCGUACGAGAGCAAAGUCGACGCGCUGAAACUUUUUCUGGAGAAACACAGGUUUCCUGCAUUCUACCUGGUGAAACAGCCAACAACUGUGUCUUUUUCGCACGGCCGUCCCAACUGUCUCGUGGUGGACGUUGGCCACGAUCUGGUCACGGUGACGCCGAUCGUGGACGGGCUGUGUCUGAAAAAUCAGGUCAUGGGCACGCGGUAUGCGGGGGCCUUUCUGAACCAGCAGUUCGAGCAGUUUCUUGCCGACAAGAAGAUCGCAUUGCGGCCGCAUUACACGAUAAAAUCGAAAAAAAUAGUUCACUGGGAGUCCGAGACGACCACGGCGCACUUUGAGGAGCGCAAGUACGAUUUCGAGGUGUCUGCGUCGUUCCGCGAAUACUCCAAACUGAGGAUACUCCAGGAGAUGAAAGAGACGCUACUCAACUGUAUGGAAGAGGACACCGAGGAGGUCAAGGAGGCCAAGGAGGCCGACGACGAGGUGCGGUGGUUUGAGCUGCCUGAUGGCAUGGCAGUUCCGUUUACCAAAAAGGACCGCACUGUGCUGAGCAACUCGUUGUUCAGUCCGCUCGAAACGCUCUCUAAGCCGGUUAAGGGCUGGGAGACGCCCGAGGACGGAAACAUUGUCAAACAUCUGGGCAACGCGAACGAGGCCAGCAGCAAGGAGUACGUGCCGAUGAGAAGAGCCAAGAAGCCAGAGGACGACGACAAGGACAAGCCGGAGGAGGACGCCGCCGAGGCCCAGAAGGGCUUUGGGCUGCUUAAGCUGGUUCAGACCGUUCUGGACCGGCUGGACAUCGAUCUGAAGCCCCAACUGGCCAACAACAUCGUUCUCGUCGGCAGCACGUCGCUCGUGCCGGGACUGAACGCCAAGCUGCACUCUGAGCUGUCACUUGCGAAUCCUAGUCUCAAGAUCAGGAUCCACGCUUCUGGAAACACCAUAGAGAGAAGAUAUGCCUCGUGGGUUGGGGGCAGUAUUCUGUCAUCGCUCGGGACGUUCCACCAGCUGUGGGUCAGCAAAGACGAGCUGGACGCUGUUGGGGCAGAAAAGCUGAUUGUCAAUAGAUUUAGAUGA